GUAGAAACUAAAGUUAUUUGGUUGACUGAACUGUCAUUAUAUGAUUGGUUAAAUUUUUUAAGUUGGUUAAUAAUCAGGCUGAUUUAAUCCGACAAUUUAUGUGAAAUGUCAUAUGGACAAGGCACGUGUUUACCAUUACAGUGACGAUGAAUUUACUCUUAUACAUGUAUCGAAGCAUUUCUUAUAUGUAUUAAGGAAUUUCUAUUCAUAACCUGGAGAUGACCACUGUAAUAAAUGAUCAGUUGAAUGACAUGAAAUCUACCGAUUUUUUAUUUAAACAAGCAUUUACACUGGAAUCAAAUUCAAAACCGAAACAAAAUCCUAUGAGCCUCAGCACUAAUGAUAUUUUCGAUAUGGAACCUUACAAGGAUAAAUGUGAUAAAAAUACUUGUGGAGUAGUUUAUUCUUCUCUUAUCACUAUGUCAUCGUAUGAUAGUUGUCGUGUAUUAAAUGAACUUGAAUAUGGAAGUCGGUCUUUACCGUCAGCUAAUUCUCGUUCAUAUACUAGACAAUUAAUUGACUUUUUUCCAGUUUUUUGGGGAAAAAGAAAAGCUGUUAGUUAUUUUCAGAAGACAUCAUCUUCGAUUACACUCACGGAGGUAUCACGGAAACACUAUAAUGAUUUAUGGGUUGGUUCAUUAAAUCUUCGAAGGACAGCAAAACCCAAUUUGGAGAAUGAAUAUCAUCUGGAAAAUUCCUUAAAAUUAUCAAUUUUAGAAGCAAGAAAUAUCCCACCAAAGCGCCGUUACUACUGUGAUAUUUGUUUGGAUCGAACUUUGUAUGCGCGUACUACCAGUAAGACAGCUGUUUCAGGCAUAUUUUGGGCGGAAGAUUUUGAUUUAAAUAAUCUUCCAAAUGUUUCUGUAAUGACAAUCAGUUUAUAUCGAGAAGGUGGGUCAACCAGUAGAGAUUCAAGACGGAUUGGGGCGUCGAGAUUAAGCUUGAAAAAGAACAGAAAAACUCAAAAUCAAUUAAUUGGUUACAUCACAAUACCCGUUACCGAAAUAUCUAGUCGUACUGACAUUCAGACAUGGUUAACUUUACAACCUCCCGUCGAAAAUUCUUCAAGUCAAGACAAUUUACUCAGUAGUUUCGAUAUAACUUACACAGAUUCUCAACAAUUUGAUAAAUUAAAUUCUGCAAAACUAAAUAAGCUCAAUUCUUCAUCAUUAAACCUAUUACAUAAUCAUUCUUAUAAUAAUGGAAUAACAGAUCAGACAAAUUUUCCACAAUUACGUAUUCGUGCACGCUAUCAAUCACUUGGUGUAUUACCAUUGUGCAAUUAUUGGCCUUUAAGAACGCUUGUACUAAAUAAUAGUUUAUUGUUAACGAAUUGGUUAGAAUCGUUAUUAAUAUCUGUUAAACUCAAAGAAGAAUUAGCAAAUUCACUGGUUUAUUUACAUGAAAAUAAUAACACGCUGAUUGAGUUUUUGACCAGUUUAGUUGUUCGAGAAGUUUCUGACUUAGAAAAUGAAUCAAUGGCAUUUCGAUCAAAUACAAUGGCAACGAAAGCUGUAGAAUGUUAUGUAAAAUUUGUCGGUUCAUCUUAUCUUCAUCAUUUAUUUCACUUGUUAAUACAACGUGUACUAACAUGUUUUACACCUUGGGAAGUUGAUCCAGAAAAACUAUCUUCAACUCAAUGUACUGGUGGUUCACUGAAUGCAACUGAUACUGCUGCAUAUGCUUUAUCACCCGGAAAUAUGUUAAAAAACCAUCGAUCAAUAAUAACUGGCACUUUAAUUGGCAAUCAAAUAAUGCUGUUAAGAUAUUUUGAUGUUGUUUGGCGAGCUAUUCAAUCCAGUUUGAAUUAUUUCCCAAGUGUACUCAUUCGCUUAUUCAGUUCAUUUCGUGAAGCAUUAGAAACAAUUCGUGGAUCAGAAUUUUGUGAUAAUUUAAUAUCUGGUUGUAUAUUUUUACGACUGAUCUGUCCAGCUUUACUUUCACCUUCCUUGUUUGGUUUAAUCAGUGCAUUUCCUAGUGAACCAGCAUGUCAACGUAACCUCACACUGCUAGCUAAAUCAUUGCAAUCAUUAGCUAAUUUUAGUACAUUCGAUGAUAAAGAACCUUAUAUGAGAUUUUUAAACGGUUAUGUUUCUUAUCAGUUGUCAUUGAUGCGAAUGUUUAUUCGAUCAAUAUCACCAUCUUCACUGAACUCACAUAACAAUGAUAUGAUUCAUAAUGUUGUUACCGGUUCUGUGACAGUUGACAAUGAAAUGUUAUUAUCAUCGCCAACAAACAGUUCACAUCAGGCAAAAAUAUCAACCUUAGUAAAAACACAAAAUAAUGUCAAAGAUACAAUUGAUGAGAAUUGUGAAUUGGCCAAUCUUCAUCUUAUAUUAUCAGAUGUGAUGUUUUCUGAUUCAACAAUAUCUGCUACAAGUAAUGAUGAUACUUUACUAACGGGAACUGUUAAUACCACUACUACUAGUACUACUAGUGCUAUUACAAAUACUGUACUGUUUGGUAAUAACAAUAAUCUGAUAACAGUCAAUCCUACUUGUGAUACAAAUUUUUUAUCAAAUUCUACAACAAUGCUUGGAAAGAGUGCUACUACUUUCCUUAAAACUCUCAAUUCUACUGUUAUGGCCAGUUUACCAAAUGAAUUAUGCACACUUCCAAAAAUACUAGAUGAUAUUUCACGUGCAUUACAAUGUAGUUCAUUAACAAGGUGUUUAAAUUAUGAUAAAAGUGUAUAUUCUGUAAAUAAUGAUGAUACUAAUCAUAACAGUAACCAUUAUAAUAGUAAUAAUUUAAAUAAUCUUUUAAAUUCCACUUCUACUAAUAGAUGUCAACAGUCCGACUUUUUAAUCUCUUCAUCAAAUAAUAUUAAAAAUAAUGUUGACAUUAAUGAUGUUCAUAGCAGUGAACAAUCAAUAAAUUCAAUUUAUGCUCAUCAUACAAAUUCACAAAUGACUACACCAUAUUACACAUUACAUUAUAAUCCAGGUUUUCAUAAUCCGUUAUUAAUGGAUAAUCAUAAGAAUUCAAAUGGAUUAUUAAUACCACAAUUGAAACAGUCAACAUCAUUAACUGGUCUACCAUCGGAUAUAUCGAGACCAAAUCCAAAUGAUUAUGAUGAACCAUAUAUAAGUAAUGAUGAAAGUGAUCAUGGAAUAAAUGAUGCUGUUAAUAUUAAUCGUUUGGAUGAUGAAAUAAUCGACAAGAAUAAAAUGAAAGAUAAAAAUAAUGACUAUUCUUUUCAACAUCAAUCGUCAUUAUCAGUUACUAAAAUUAUGGAACUGGAAAAGUGUAACUAUUCAGAGAAUCAGAAGAAAUAUGAACAGAAAUCAAUCAGUUUAGACAAAUUAAAUGAUUUAGAUAAUGAACAUAUCUAUGAUACUGUACCAUUUUCAUCCUCAUCUUCUCGAUCGUCAUCAUCAUCAUUGACAAAAAUAUCGUCUAAGAGUCAGUUAAGUAAUUUCAAUCAGUCAACAUUGAAUAAUUAUGAUCACACACUACACAGUGAUACAUUGGACGUCACUAAACGUCAGUCAGAUAAAAUGAAUCUACUGAAUGUUAGUGAUCAAUCAAUCAUAAAAUCAAAUUCAUACAAAUCUAUGUCAUUAACAAAUAAUAGACUGACAUCCUCUGAAAUUGUUCCAACAAAUGAAACUGAAAAUAAUUCAAGUACAAAUUCUCUGCACAACAAUAAUAAUAAUAAUAUUAAUAGUAUUUCACCAAGAUUAUUUCCGAGACAAGUUACAACAGCAAAUGUGAUAUUAACUAAACCAAGUAUUAUGUGUUCAUCUAGUGAUUCAACAAAAAUAUCUAAAGUUCAAAGACAAUUUCGAUCAAACAGUAACAGUCGUGAAAAUAUAUUUGAUAGGGAUGUGGAUAACGAUCAAUUCUUUUUCGGUACAUCAACGAAUACUGUUCCAUCGAACUUGCCACAAAAUUAUCGUCAUCAUCAUUUUCCAAGUAAUUUAUCAAAUAAUUAUUCAAAGAACAAUACAUACACUUACAGUAAAAAUAUUUUAUCAUCAGUCUCGACAGAAGAACUGCUUAGCCAAUCAGACACCACUUCAUAUAAUAUGAUUCAAAUGGGAGAAGAUAGUUCUAAUUAUUCAUUAGCCAAUAAUACAAAUAAUACUACUAAUGCCGCUGAUACUUCUGCCGACAAGAAUAGUAAUAUUAAUAAACAACCGAAAGAAUUAUUCAGUGAAGUAGCUCGCCUACGUUAUGAGUUAUUGUUAUCACGUCAAGAUGCUUUACGAGCAGCUGAUCGAUUGAGUAAACAAGAAACUGAAAUUUAUCAACUUCGUCAAUUAUUAGACCAACUUAUCAAUAAUAAUAAAAUCAAUACUACCACUAAUGGUAAUAAUAAUCAAUCCAUCCAUUUAAAAGUACCAAAAUUAAAUAUUCAUUCUGAUUACUGUACAAAUUUACAGGGAAAUGAAUUGAAAUCCUAUAGUGAUAAACAGUUAUAUUCACGUAAGCAAGCAGUUCCGAUUAGUACUAAUACUACUGGUGUUAACUGCUUACAGAAUCCAACAAAUAAUAGUAACAAUAACAAUGAUGCUAAUGUUUUACAAACUGUAACUGCUACAUUUAAAGAAUUAGAUGAUGCUAUGGCAAGACUUGAAUUAGAACAAAGUGAACUGCUUCGUGAACAAGCUCGAAUCCGUGCACGAAUCGUUGCUGCACGUCCAAAACAGCUAUCAUCAAGUUGCAAACAAUCUAAUUCCAAUUCUCUCUUGUCUCGUUCAACCAAAUCACCUAUUCAUCCAAGACAAUUUGAUUCUUCUUUGUCAAAAAUGCCAAAUAAUUUGGCAAAUCAUGGAUUAUCUAGUCCUAGUGAUCAAAUGAAGUAUACAAAUUCUCCUCGUACAAUUACCAAUAACAAUAUUUAUAAUAUAAAUAAUAAUCAUAACAAAUUACAGCAUGAAAUUGUCGAAGGUAUUCCUAAGAUUUCUUUUUCAUCAGCUCGAACAUCUUCACCACAUAUUUAAAGAAUAGAAAGCAUUUAUAUAUAAUGUUUUGUCAGAUGCUUCGUUUUGUUUUUUUUAGGAACCCACCAUGCAUUUCAAUGAGUCUCAACUAUUAUUACCAUGAAUAAAAUGUCUCCAUAUGGUUAUUAGUUGAUUCUUAGAAACGAAAUUGUCAAUUGUUGCCAAUUGUUAGUUUUGUUAACAACUUGCUGUCAAGUGUAUUUAUUUUUAGAACUUCUUCAUUACUUGUGAAUUAUUACAAAAUUUCAUAAUUUACAAGUAAAUUAUAUGUAAAUCAAUGAUGUAUAUUUCUGUAUGUAGAUAGAGAUGUUACCUUCGUUUUAACUUCAUUUCUGUUCAAUGAAGCACAAAUUAAACUUCUCUUUUGAUGUUCUACAUUAUUUUCUAUCUAAAAAAUAACAAUGUUGAUUCUAUUCAUCUUUCGGUGUUUUAAAUCACAGAUCUAUAAUGUUUUCCAAUGACAUCAAAAAUUAAUGUGAUAUGAUUUUGUCAACUUUAUAUGAAUGUAAAGUUCAACUACUUAUAAGUAGUAAUACAAAUGUGUGAAAAAAAUAUUUACAAAGAAUUCAAGUAAUAUCUUAUAGGUAUCGUUAGUUUAUGAAUAUUUAAUUUUGAGAAAGUAAAUUCUCUUAAAUAUUUAAGCAAAUUUUCAAGAAACAUUGUAAUGGUAUUUUAUGUGAAUUCUUGUUAUUUGUACUUUUCUGUAAUGCAAUAAUACAAAAAUAGAGAAUCAUGAAACUAAUAGAUUGUUUUAAAUUUAAACAUAUCCACUGAAUCAUAAACCGUAUUACAUAUAGAUUUUUAUUGUUUAAAAAUAUAUACGUUUUAAAGUACUUACAUCUGUUACUCCUCGUGGAGCAUGGGCCGUCAACCGAUAAUCUCUAGUAUGCUCCGUCCUGGCCUCUCAUUUCUAGUUCUUUUCAAGUACUUGGAGAACUACAAAAGCCAUGAUCCAGAAGAUACAAGAGUUUAUUAACAGUUGUCAAAAUACUUCGUAUCCGUUGGCCAUACGCUGUCGGAGAGAACAAAUCGGAUUCCAACGGAGGAAGGAAUCGGGAAGAAGCGCUGGAAGUGGAUAGGACACAACUGCGUCACAAGGCAAGCCCUCACUUGAAAUCCUCAAGGCCAAAGGAGAGGAGGAAGACUAAAGAAAUCAUUACGCCGGGAAAUGGAGACAGACAUGAGAAGAAUGAACAAUAAUUGGAUAGAACUAGAAAAGAAGGCCCAGGACAGAGUGGGUUUGAGAAUGCUGGUCGGCGGCCUAUGCUCCACUGGGAGUCACAGGCGUAAGUAACUAUUCAUUCUCUUGAUGUCUACCUUCACUUCAUGAUGGAAUGCGUUCUUCCCUU